UUUAGCACUAUGUGAUUGCUGUGAAAAUGGCACCAUCUGGUACCUUUAUGCAGAUACGCGACCUGUACUUACAGAAGAGACAAAUAGGCCAACACCUUAAACGUGAAGUGUUUAACUUUGCGUGCCUAGUGCCGCACCGGAGAAACCUUCAUAGUUAUUGUCGAUGGCAUUGAGUGGGUUGCUACAGUGCCAAGGCGCAGCAAGCCAGACGAUCUCGUAUCAAUGAGAUUCUCGGCUGGCAAUGAGGUGGAGAGGACGCUUGUCGGAAUGCUUGGUAGUGGUGCCAAGGAGGAGAGCCUGAAGAGGUACAUCCGUAGCCUCCCUGAGCACAGCAGCGGGUUGUGUACCAUGCCAGGGGUCCCUGCACGCAGCACGGCUUUGUCUGAGCAUGCCACUUCAAGCUUUGCGCUUCACCUCUGUGCCGCCAGUGUCAUCACAUCACAGGCAGCCAGCGCGGCUGACAGGACCAUGACAACGGGGAAUGAAGAAGCUUUGAAGGCUGGUGAGGAGGUGGUGACCUCCGGGGGAGCUGAGGGAGGUGAUGCUGCCAUGGUGGACCCGGUGAAGCAUGGCGGCACUGGUGAUGCUGGCGAGUAUGGGGUGUCCGAGGAUGGCACAGAGGUCUCUGGUGCUGGCCAGAGCAAUGGGCUGGCCCCUUCAGAAGCAGGCGAACAGUCAGAGGAGCUGGUUCAUCGAGGCUUUGGUGUGUGCAACGAGACCAGGAAGAGAAAGCGGGCCCCAAACAUGACCCGGCUGGUGGCGGACGAUGAGGAGCAGCAACGGGAGAUGGACAGGGGACACAAUGAUACAGAUGAUGCCACUCCAUGGUAUCCAUGCAUGGCAGGACAGCAGGAGGAGGAUGCCCGUGGCGGACGAGCUGCCAUGCCCAGCCCACGGUUUCCGUGCACGGUAAGACAGCAGGAGGGGGGCGCCUCUGCUACUGUGCAGCUGCCACUGCAGGCGCCUGAGGAUGCCCGUGGUGGUGAGGCGGCUGCUUUGCCAUCCCCGUCAGCUGCAGGACCAGCAGCCAUGCCCAGCCCACGGUUUCCGUGCAUGGUAAGACAGCAGGAGGGGGGCGCCUCUGCUACUGUGCAGCUGCCACCGCUGGCGCCUGAGGAUGCCCGUGGUGGUGAGGCGGCUGCUUUGCCAUCCCCGUCAUCUGCAGAACGAGCUGCCAUUGCCGGCCCACGGUUUCCAUGCACGGUAAGACAGCAGGAGGGGGGCGCCUCUGCUUCUGUGCAGCUGCCACCGCCGGCGCCUGAGGAUGCCCGUGGUGGUGAGGCGGCUGCUUUGCCAUCCCCGUCAGCUGCAGGACCAGCAGCCAUUGCCAGCCCACGGUUUCCAUGCACGGUAAGGCAGCAGCACUACUCCAAGGAAAUCAGGCAUCAUGCGAAAUCUGCUGCCGAACGUGGGUUGCCAGACAGGUUCAUCUGUGACAUCACAGACGGCAAGGCUUACAUUGUCAUGAAGGAAUCUGAACAAGGCGGACAGCCUCCCCUGCGUGACACGGACAUCCUCCUCGGUGUCUUCACUGAUGGAGUCCAGACAUACAAGGACGAUGCUAGUUACAGUCUGUACCCCGUCGCCAUCACAGCAUACAAUUUCAGCCCAGACAUAAGGUACACCCACGGUGCGACAACGGUCCUUGGCAUCCUGCCAGGUUCACGAAAGAAGGAUGAGGGGGAGAGGCCGCGUGUUGGGUGCAUGUUGAAGCUCCUGUCCAGGGAGCUGGAAAGCCUGGCAGAGUGCGGGGUGGAUACUUUCGAUGCACACACGGAGUCCUACAUCAGUGUCAGGGUUAGACUUCUCACGGCCGGUGGGGAUUACCGGGCCAUCGAGGACAUGCUGCGAAUGUCAGGGGUGCCACGAGUAAAACAUGGCUGCUAUAAGUGCUGGACAGCUGGCAGCAAGGGUGUCCACAAGUACAACUAUCCCGGAGCAUGGACGUGGCUGGACGGUGACGACCCGAUUAGGCGGCCUGCCAGUGUGCUGAACCCCAUCACAGAUGCCACAGGACAGUCUAUCACAAGGAUAGCCAAUGAGCCUCGGCCAGCAGUACGGACAAAGGUGGAGCUCGUGGCCAUGACUCCGGUGCCCACCCAUGGUGGCGAGGUGGAAUCUGCGCCAGCGCUGCACCACCUUGCCCUGUUGGACCUCGACCACUUCAACACGGACCUGGGCCUCCACUACGACCCCAUGCAUACGCUAGCCAACAGCUCGCGUGAUCUUUUCAAGCUUGCCAUGGGUGGCGCCUGGGUGACUGAUGCCGUCCACCAACGGACAUGGGAGGGGACGCCAUGGUUGACACCCAGCGUUGAUCGGAUGGCCUCAGCUGUGGGAUUGGUGGCAGCAGUCAUCCCCUCAAGGGACGGUGGCGGAUCACGCCUGCACAGCCUCUUCAAGCCCGGAAAGAGUGUGAAGAUGCACACAUGGUGCUUUCUUGCUAGCCCAUAUGGAGCCUACAUCUUUGGCCACGCCACUGGAAUCGGUUCUCCUCAGCUUGAGGACGCCGUGUCCGCUGGAAAGUUGACCCAUCAGCAGAAGGCAUAUUGGACGGUCACUAAUUCCACCGGCCCCAGCGUUGACACUAUCUCCGGAAACGCUGCAAUAGGAUUUAAGCAGGCACGGCGUGAGACCCUUCCGGAAGGCUUCCUCCUGGAGAUGCAUGAGACUUACCUGCGCCACAGCACUGACUACUCUGAUUUAUUUGGUGUUUUCACCGCCUGGCUGUGGGAGCAGUGGACUGAUGACACGACCCCGGGGCCAUUCCUGUCCGACUAUCUUUCACACCUGAGGCUAAGGACCCAUUCAAGAAGGAUGCUGUUGCACCGGGACAGCCAUGGCUCUGUGUCCAUGCGGAACAAGGUGCUUGCCAAGUGCUGCCUCAGUGAGCUGUGGUGCCAAGAUGUGUGGGUGCAGCCGGGUUUGCUGUUGGGGUCAAAGCCGGUCAGUGGUAUACAUCUCGCAGGCAGGUUCCUGGAGAAGCUCGUGGCCAUCAAGCUCAACAACAAUGUGGAACUCACUGCAUUCGAUAGCAACAAGCCUAAGACAUCACAGGCCUGCUGGUUCAUCACCCGGAGAUGCAACUCCAGCGACAAAAUGUGGGCAGGGAAGGUGCUGGGCUUGUACCGCUACAGGUCGCCAUUGAACAGGGAUAAGUUCGAUGUGGUGCUGGAGGUCGAAUGGCAUGCUCCCCUGCUGGGGAACAACAGUGAUGCCGAAGUUGCGGUCGACCAGUUCAUGAAUGUCCCCUUGGUGGACGCCAGGGCUGCCAGUGUGUCCAACACAGGCUCUCGUUACUACCUGGCUGAGGAUGUUGCGCCUUGCCGGGUGCACAUCUUGCCACACCCCCAUAAGCGGGCGCCCUGUGUGUUCUUUCAAGAAGCUACAGCUUCAUGCGGGUGGCUGGCUGGGAGGCCCUGCAGCCACAGACCCCAUGGGCGAGGUCACGGUAGCAGCACAUUAAUAUUAGCACUGCAAGACCUCUGA